AUGGAAAUUAAUGAUUCUUUAGUUUCCGAAUUUAUUAUCUUGGGCUUGUCUACUCGUCCAGAACUGGAAACUUUACUUUUUAUUCUGUUUUUGAUUAUUUACAUAGUGGCCUUGACUGGUAAUGUAACCAUCCUCAUACUGUCAAUUACAGACCCUGGUCUUAAAACCCCUAUGUAUUUCUUUUUGGGACUGUUGUCAUUUCUUGAUAUCUGGUGUACGUCAGCUACAUUACCUAAGAUGCUCUCAGGCUAUGUGACACAGUCUAAAAAGAUUUCAUAUUAUGGCUGUGUAGCCCAAUUGUUCUUCUUCACAUGGCCAAUGGGUAUUGAGCUUUUACUCCUUACAGUUAUGGCUUAUGAUCGAUAUGUUGCAAUUAGAAAUCCACUUCAUUAUGCAUCAAUAAUUAACCAUAGAGUGUGUAUGAACAUAACAAUUAUUAUCUCUAUUAUUGGCUCUCUUAAUUCAUUGACACACACAUAUUGUACCUUUAGGCUCCCAUAUUGUGGUGACAAUAAGAUAAAUCACUUCUUCUGUGAGAUAAUGCCUUUGCUCAAACUGGCAUGUGCAGACACCUACAUAAAUGAGAUUGUGGUCUUUACAGCUGAUUUUAUCCUUGGUAUUUGCUGCUUCCUACUCACUUGUGUUUCAUACGCCUUUAUUUUCAACACUAUACUUAAGAUACGUACUGCUGCAGGCAAGCGUAAAGCCUUCUCUACAUGUGGCUCCCAUAUUGUAAUUGUAUCUAUGUAUUAUGGAGCUGUUAUUUUUACUUACAUCAGACCCAGGUCCAGUCUGUCUUUGGAGAAAGAUAAAAUAAUAUCUGCUCUUUAUGCUGUAAUUACACCUACUCUAAAUCCUAUCAUUUAUAGCCUACGGAAUAAAGAAGUAAAAGAGGCAUUCCAAAGAGCAUUUAAAAGACUAGCACCACAUAGAUUCCUAAAAAAAAUGCACCACCUCUAUUAA